AUGAUGAAAGAAAAAUAUGGGAAGGAAUGUAAAAUUUGUAAUCGUCCGUUUACUGUAUUUCGCUGGUGCCCCGGCCCAAAAGCCAGAUUCAAGAAAACUGAAGUUUGCCAGAGCUGUGCGAAGAUUAAAAAUGUGUGUCAAACAUGUCUAUUUGAUCUCGAAUAUGGCCUUCCUGUCGAAGUUCGUGACAAAGCGCUUCGUCUGUCACAGCAACUGCCUCAGAAUGAUGUUAACCGAGAAUAUUUCCACCAACAAAUUGAACAAAAUGCCGAAAUGGAAGGUGAUAUAACGGCUCCAUAUGGAGGACAUCAAUUGAUAGGAAAAACUCUGUCUAACACAGCUGCAGCCAGUAGCUCUAGUGGUGGUGGGGGUACAGACUUACUACUAAAGUUAGCUCGUACCGCCCCGUAUUAUCGUAGAAAUCGUCCGCAUAUAUGA